AGCGGCGCCGGGUCGGCUGGCGUCCCGAGUGCGAUAGAGUCGCGUUUACCGCGCGUGUCUCGUCUCAGUUGCACGUCCGAGGUCGUAGGAGGGGGUCGCGUGCGACUGUUUUCGAUAAUCGGCCGCGCGUUCCGUACGUGAAAAUCGGACAGUACUCCGUCAGUCACGUCCACGUAAAAACGGAUAUAUGCCCAGAAUAUUUAUUAAGUGGGUGGCUGUGCGUGACUUUUCCCCUGUGAAUAGCUCGCCCCGUAAAUGAUCGCCCGAAAAUAGAACGUUUGUUUGAUAACUGAAACGUCUUCGCUGAAAUAACGGGCGCAGCGUUUGUGAAUAUUUCAGCUGCAGAGACUCUGUAAACAAUGUGGUCCAGACUUUGAAAUGAAACUAACCAAAUGUAAGGGACAUUUUUAUUUGUAAAGUGGACGCGAGUGUGUGUUACAAUGGUAGUUGCUUGAGAAAAAAUAGACAGCGCCCGAACGAUUUUGAUACUUUUGGCAAUUAAUUCAAAAUGAAGUGUGAGAAAGCGCGGGAACUCUGUUGUGGAACUGUAUCGGACUUGUUUUAGAUUAAUAACAGUGUUAAGUGACAAUGUUGCCAUAUCAAGCGGUAGCUAUGGACUACGCGGUGGCUUCGGCUGGUUUCCACCACCAGAGGCCCGGGGGCUUGCCCGGCGUGAUGGGCCUGCCUGGGCCGGGCCCGGGGCUCAACCCGGGCCUGAACCCGGCCUUCACCCAUUCCUGGUUCGUACAGACAAGCCCGGAUAUCUGUCGGCAGCAACAAGCAUCCAACCAAUCGCAUCUCGAACCUGGCAUCCUCGAACUUCGGAAAGAGAAAAGCCGGGACGCCGCCCGUUCGAGACGGGGCAAGGAAAACUACGAAUUUUACGAGCUGGCCAAGAUGCUACCUCUCCCGGCUGCCAUCACCAGUCAACUGGACAAAGCUUCCAUUAUAAGGCUGACUAUUAGCUACCUGAAGUUACGGGAUUUCUCAGGACAUGGGGAUCCGCCGUGGAGUCGGGACCCUCCUCCGUCUAGCAAGGCGCUUAAAGGUGCUCAAAACAGACGGACGGCGAUAGGUCUGGCCAUGGAACUGUUCGAACAACACCAAGGAACGCAUAUAUUACAGUCCUUGGAUGGGUUCGCGCUUUCCGUGGCGGCAGACGGCAGGUUCCUGUACAUAUCUGAAACUGUUUCUAUAUAUUUAGGAUUAUCACAAGUAGAGAUGACGGGUAGCAGUAUAUUCGACUACGUGCAUCAGGCUGAUCAUGCUGAGAUUGCUGAGCAAUUGGGCCUGUCCCUCACUGGGAGACCUGGUCAAGCUGGACUUAACAGUCCUGCGUCAGGCAGUGAAGAAGGCAGCCAGCAUGGAACUAAUAACCCUGAUGUAUCAGCACAAAUGAGCCUAGCGGCAAGCGGGUCGCUAUACCGGGGGAUGGACCGAGCGUUCUGCAUCAGGAUGAAGAGUACGCUGACCAAGAGGGGGUGCCACUUCAAGUCCUCAGGAUAUAGGGUUGGAAGAGGCAAGGAGGGUGAACCAACGAGGUCCGAGAGUGGUAACUGGCGGGUGGUUCUGAUGUUAUGCCGUCUUCGACCGCAGUAUUCCUUUUCCCAUAGUCGGAAAUCUCCAACGGUACUCCUGGGUAUGGUGGCUCUAGCCAUAGCAUUGCCGCCACCGUCUGUCCAUGAGAUCAGACUGGAGUCUGACAUGUUCGUCACAAGGAUUAACUUCGACUUCCGAAUAGCACAUUGCGAGCCUAGCCGUGUAUCAGAACUGCUAGGCUACACAGCUGAAGAAUUAACGGGGAAGAAUCUAUACGCUCUCUGCCACGGAGAAGAUGCCAACAAACUUAGGAAAUGUCACGUAGAUUUAAUGAAUAAGGGCCAAGUCCUGACGCACUACUAUAGGAUAAUGAACAAGCUCGGCGGGUACACCUGGAUGCAGACCUGUGCCACCGUCGUUUGCUCCUCCAAGAAUGCUGAGGAGCAGAACAUUAUAUGCGUCAAUUACGUCAUUAGUGGUCGUGAAUACCCAAACACGGUAAUGGACUGCUGUCAACUAGAAGAAAGUGUACAAGGAGUCAAAAGAGAAGAAACAACGGGAGAUCCGGAGAACGGGCCACCAGACACCGACAACUCAGGAGCGCCGCCCCCUCCACCACGUCAUCAGGCGGAAAGAACCGAACCACCAACAAACACCGACUCGGCAUCCUCAGCUCCUGUACCAACUUCUGACGUCACACACCUAACUAGGCUCAGUGACGCACAACCUCUACCUCUUCACACAAGCACUGAAAGAACUUCACCAAUGCCAGCCAGAAGACUGAAGAAACGAAAGCACACAACUGACUGCGAAGACGAAGCAGAACGAGAAGAAGAAAGACGGAAGACUUCAUCUAACCCUGGCGCUGCAAUAUCACCAGCAGAACGGGACAUGUCUAAAACUAAUUUAUCGAUACCCGAAGGUGCUUCUGACGCAACAUCAGUGAGAGAUCUAGAAAAUGCCAUGUCGAAACACCUGCCAUCAGUAGCGUUAGAUGGCAAGGAAAUCUCUCACAGACCAACAGACUUUUCCACAGAUGCGCUCUUGAAACAACAGCAGCAGAAAUCGACGAUACAAUGGAUAGGGACGCAGAACCAUCACCUAAACCCUCUGAAUAGGCAGAUACCAUCGAACCACACUUCCACGCCAGCGUCAGCUUUAUUAAGACAACUCUACGCUAACAGAGAAAGUGUGAUCCGUAGCAACUUCUUGGGUGAUGGUAGAACUGGUGGGUAUUACUCCGGUGACGGCCAAUCAGGGCCCUUACCCACUCCGCCAGGCAGCGAAGGCUCUGGUUAUGGGGAGCAAUUAGGACAUAAGGGUACAGAUAUAGGAUCUUUAGCUUACGGAGGAUACGCGGACUAUCAUUCAGCGAUGACGCCGCCAGGUUCAGUAUCCCCAAGAGAUAAGCAACAAUACGCUUUGCCGUACGACAAUAGUGCUUAUUCAGAAGCUUUAAGGCACUCUUAUUUAGGUGAAGCUCCUCUUCCGUUGAAGCCUCAAGCGUAUUCAGCGGUUCCUGGGGCUUUAGAUUACGCUUCAUCGUUAGACCAGUCGCAGUUCUUCCAUCCACCUUCAUCGUUCCACCUGUAUCACCCUCAGGCGCACUCUGCGCAUGCGUCCCACCCGCAUCAGCCCGUAGACAAGUCCGCGCCACCGAACACGAACUGGUACUCGGCAGGAUCAUAGCCGAAUCUUCGGUAAUCUUCGUUUUUGUUCGCUAGCUUGUGUUACAGCAUUCGUUGUUAAGUUUUUCACAUUUUGUUGUUUCGGGGCUCAAUUAGAAUUAACGGGGUAAUCCCCGAUGCAUUAUCGGAAAACGUAUACGGUUAACAAAAGACUUCCAAAACUAUAAUACUCAGACGACUUGGCGUUCUCUAUUUUUUUGGAGUUGAAUGUUUUUGAAUACUCUUAUGGGAUGUGCCAAAAAUUGUGCUUCAGGCACUGACCUUGCAUUUAUAUCAAUCACAUACUCUCACAUACCUUAAAAUAAUUCGUUUUCAUAACUUCAUACUCUAUCGACAUAAAGAUAUCGAUAA